AUGGCCAGAUCCGUUGAGGACGGCACGAGAUCCGGCAACCACUAUCGGAUGCAUCGAGGAGGACGUGCGGCGGAUGCAAGCGGGAAUGACGUUGACCUCAGUAGUUUAUUUAUCGUUAACAAUCGCAUCCUAGUGGUUGUGCGAUGCUUUGAGGAUGAUAAUAUAGUUCAUGUCAAUGGCAAGGUCGAUCCCAGAUCAGACAUCGAUGUCAUUAACCUAGAGAUGAUAUUUUCGGAUCUUGGACAGAUAGAAGGAAAGCCUGCAAGAUCGGUUGAUUUAGCUGAGCAUGAGAAAGAAGCUAUACAACAUCUUUGUCUGCUAACUAUGAAACCUGUCAUUUAUGUUGCUAAUGUAACAGAAUCUGAUCUUGCUGAACCUGAUAGCAAUCCUCAUGUCAAAGAGGUCGCUAAAGCAGCAUCAGACUUGCAGUCUGGUAUGGUUACAAUAUCAGCUCAGGUUGAAGCUGAACUUGCUGAGCUACCUUUGGAAGAGGAAAUUUGGUAA